AUGAGUAACUUAGAGGCGGCUGUGACAGAUUUUUUCGAAAAUGUUCAAGUCUUGCCUAUUGUACUGGGUGUGGGGUCAGUGGUGUUGAUAACAUCAGUAGUAGCCCACUUUAUAUGGGGCAGGAAACCGGCCAAGAAAGAAGCUCGAGCUCCAGCUCCACAGAAGAGCUCACAGCUCAUAACAUUACAAGAUCCUAAUGUGAAGUAUGCUCUACCUCUGAUAGAGAGGGAAGAGAUCAGUCAUGACACAAGGAGGUUCCGAUUUGGUCUACCAACUCCAGAACAUGUUCUAGGUUUGCCAAUUGGCCAGCACAUUCAUUUGUCAGCCAAGAUUGAUGAUGAUCUCGUCAUCAGAUCCUACACUCCUGUCUCCAGUGACGAUGAGAAAGGAUAUGUCGAUCUUGUUAUUAAGGUAUACUUCAAAAAUGUGCACCCUAAAUUCCCUGACGGCGGUAAAAUGUCUCAACACUUGAACAGUUUGAAUAUCAACGACACGAUCGACGUACGAGGACCGUCAGGAAGAUUACAGUACGCCGGCAAUGGGAAAUUCCUUAUCAAGAAAUUGAGGAAAGACCCACCAGUAACUGUAAAUGCUAAGAAACUCAAUAUGAUUGCAGGUGGCACUGGCAUUGCGCCAAUGCUCCAACUCAUCAGACACAUAUGCAAAGAUGGCAAUGACCGCACGGAAAUGAGACUAUUGUUUGCCAACCAGACAGAAGAAGACAUCUUGUUAAGAAAUGAACUGGAAAAGUACCAAUCUGAACACCCCGAGCAGUUCAAAGUGUGGUACACUCUUGACAGACCUAGUGAAGGCUGGAAAUACAGCGUGGGUUUCAUCAAUGAUGAGAUGAUCAGUCAGCAUUUGUUCCCGCCAGGGGAUGACGUCAUAGUCCUCAUGUGUGGACCUCCUCCAAUGAUCAACUUCGCUUGCAACCCAGCUCUUGAGAAACUGGGCUUCGCCGAAUCACAACGCUUUGCAUAUUAA